CCUCGCAAUGUUUUGUUGUUGAGUCGCUGUUGAUCGAUGUCGUAACCUAAUCGCGAGAGAGUGUUCAAAACAAACCCUUUUCAAGUGCAACCAGAAGGACUACUGCGAUCGUCGACAUGUCCAGCACACGUCAGCGCGUACUAGAUCUGUACAAAAGGCUCCAGUACCUGGGCCGCGAGUACCCGGGUGGGCCGGACAAGUUCCGGCAAAAGUGCUACGGAGCGUUCAAGCGGCAGAGCACCGAAUCCGAUCCUGGGAAAAUCGAGAAGGCGAUCGCGCUCGGCGAGUACGUGGAGAAGGAGAUCGUGGCGCUGUACAGCCUGAAAAAGUACCGAGCCAUGAAGAAGCGCUACUACGACAGCUGAACUUUGGACCGUUAUGGAAUGUUUGUUUGUUCACACUGGAUGUUGCUGUUGAAGAGAUUAUUGUUUUGAUUUGUAUAUUUAGGUAGACAAUAAAAAAAUAAAAGGAGUUUUCGGCAUAACGGUUA